UCAUUUGUCAUUUACUAAGUUUGACUCGGUUAUAAAAUAUAUGUUUCUCUCACUGCUCACUGCUCACUCAUUGUUUUCUCGUUUAAAGUAAUUAAAUGGUAACCUACAUAAUCUAAGUUCAUGAUUUAAUAUUAACUAUGGAAGUAGACACAAAUGAAGAAAAUGAUGGUACCAUUAUUAGUAUUCAUAUGCGUAACUGGUUUUGUCUCGAAAAUUUGAAAAUAAAGUUUAACAGAAACGUAAAUUUUAUCGUUGGUCGUAACGGAUGUGGAAAAAGUGCUAUUCUAUCUGCAUUAGUGAUUGGCUUGGGCAGCAGAGCUGAUAUAACUUACAGAGGAAAUAAUGUGCAAUCUUUAAUCAGGCGUGGAGCAAAUUCAGCAACCAUUGAGAUUCAACUGAGAAACAGUAGUUCUAGAGCAUACAAACGUCACAUUUAUGGCGAUCACAUUACAAUAAUCAGAGAAAUCAAUGCAAGUGGUUCGCAUUAUAAAAUUAAAGCUGCAUCAGGUGAAAUAAUAUCAACUAGGUUAAAAGAAGUUGAAGCAAUAAAACAUGCUCUUGGAAUACAAGUUGAUAAUCCCAUUUCGGUGCUUAAUCAAGAUGAUGCUAGGAGUUUCCUUGGUAAAGGACCUGAGAAGAUGUAUGCCCUGUUCCGGAAAGCCACAAAUUUGGACCAGGCAGAAGAUAAAUAUAAAGAAACAUUGAAAACAUGUGAUGAGGCAAUUGAACAUUUAAAAAUGAAAGAGCAAGCUUCGAAAGAGUUGGAAAAAGAAUACCAUAGUCUAAGGGCGAGCUAUGAUCAGAUGAGGUCAUACGAAGAAUUUGAGCAGCAAAUUCAGCAAUUACAAAAUGAAUAUUACUGGAGAGAGGUGGUUGAGGUUGAGACAGAAGCACAUGAUGCUGAGACACAGUACAAUACUGUUUGUAAGAAGAUCACUGAGCUCACACAGAAGGGUCAAGACAUUGAACAAAUACAUAGAACAGGAUUGAGUGCUCUUGAAGUCUUAAAGAGAGAGCGAGAUGAAAAAUCGUUACAAAAGAAUGCCUUACAACAAGAUGUGUCGACGUACGAAUCUCAAGCCCGAGAAGCUCAGAGUUCGUUGAGAACGGUGCAACAAACCGUUCAGAAAUACCAGGACAGGUUCGACAGAGAACAGAAGAAAGUCUUAGAUUUACAGAGGGAGAUAGGGAAUAUACAAUCAGGUGCGCAGCGGAACGAGCGCGCGCGGCUGACGUCACGCGCGGCGGCGGCCCGCAGCGCGGCGGAGGCGGCGCGCGCCCGCGAACGCACGGCGCAGCACGACGCGGCGCAGGCGCGCGGGCACGCCGCACACACGCGCGCGCGCGCUGACGACGCGGCCGCCGCGCUGCGGACGCAUCGCCACGCGCUCAAUCGAUUAACCCAACAACUGCGCGACCUGGAGUCCUGCUCCAGCGACUCGCUGGCCGUGUACGGCAACAGCAUGGUGACGCUCCGGAAGGAGGUAGAGGAAGCUGUGAAAAGAGGAGAAUUUAGUGCUCCUCCCAAGGGACCUAUAGGUGAUUACAUAAAAGUAACCGAAAAACAGUGGGUCGGGACCCUGGAGCACAUCCUCGGUGGCUCCAUCACCACGUUCUGCGUGAAUAACGCCAGUGACUCUAGGAAACUUAUCGACAUCAUGAACAAGGUGUACGGGCCCGCGCGCAAGCCGGCCGUCUCGUGCAGCGCGUUCCUGCGGCGGCGCCACGACGUGCGGGCGCGCGAGGUGCGCGGGGCGGGGGGCGGCGCGGCGGGGGGCGCCCCCCUGCGCUCGGCGCUGGGCUGGCUGCAGGUCGACGACCCCGAGGUCUACAACCACCUCGUGGACGCGCUGCGCCUGGAGACCGUGUUGCUUGUACCCGAUCACCAGACAGCGGUGGAGCUGUGCUCGGAGGAGCACCGCGUGCCGCGCCACCUCAGCAAGGCCGUGAGCCGCGACUGCGCGGAGUACUACCCCGCCCCGCGCUACCGCUCCUACGGCGUGCGCGCCCGCCCCCCGCGCUACCUGCAGCACUCCUCGCGCGACCGCACCAGGCAGCUAAAGUCGGAGAUACAAGAAGCGCAAGUAAAGUUGCGAGAGCUGGAGGGCGGCGCCCGCGCGUGCGAGCAGGAGGCGGAGCGCGCCCGCCAGUACGAGCGCGCGCUCGCCGACACGCUGCACGCGCUCGCGCUCGACAAGAUCGACAAAGAGGAGAAGGAGAAGAUCGCCAUAGCUGAACUCGAGCAGUACCAGGAGCCGCGACAAACUGUGCUGGAGGACGAAUUGAAAUUGUCCAAAGAAAAAGCCCAAAGCGUACAAGAACAGUUGAACGCGCAGUUAGCGGAAGAGCAGCGUUGGAGAGGCCAGCACCAGCAGCUCGAUAACAAAGUGAGGGAGCUCCGGAACCGACUGUCGGACCUCACGUCCGCCUGCAGGGACCUCACGGAAGAAAUAGAUCGGGAGCAAAUCAAAUUAGAGAAUAUUGCGUCUCAAAUAACCGAAUGUGAAGUUCGCGUGCAAAAAUACCGCAAGGAGUUGUCUCGAACCAAAGCAGCCUUGGAAGAGAAAAAGGAAGUCGUCAGAACAAAAAUUGAAGAAACGUCGAAGCUUUGUCCUCGUGUUCGCAACCCCAGACAAAAAGCAUUGAUAACGGAAGAAUUGAAAAAUACAAAAGAUAAGAUGAACGCGAUGCGAUGCAACGGCAUGACGAAGGUGCAGGUGGCCGAGAAACUGAUCGUCGUUAAGAAGAAAUAUCAUGAGAUUAGCGCGGAACUGCAGCAGCUCGGAGCCGUCAUUGAAUCCAUCAAGGAGACCGCCAAGCAACAUCUGCAGUUCAGUCACUUCGCGCAGACCUACAUCAUCAGGCAGCUGUACUACAUAUUCCAGUCCAUCCUGACGCUGAGAGGAUACUGCGGGAACAUCGAGGUGGACGCGGCGGCGGGGCGGCUGCGCCUGCAGUGCAGUGCGGGCGCGGCGCCGCACAGUGCGGGGCUGUCCGGCGGCGAGCAGUCCUACUCCACCGUGGCCUUCCUGCUCGCGCUCUGGGACUGCGCCGAGAUGCCCUUCUACUUUAUGGACGAGUUCGAUGUCUUCAUGGACGACGUGAAUCGUAAAAUUAUAAUGCAGUUAUUGAUCAAUCAUGCACUUAAAAAUUCUGGACGACAAUUCGUCUUUCUCACGCCAAAGGACAUCUCCUGCGUAUCUGCCGGGCCACAGAUCGACAUCCACUUGCUGCCCAAUCCCCGAUCCUAGUUAUCAUGAAUAAAAAUAAGAAAGUUUAAAUAUUUGUGUAUAAUCAUUUGUGUUCAAUAAUUGUGUUGUAACUUCUAUCAUUAUUCUUAUCUAACGUACGUAUGUACGUUUUUUUUUUAAAUAAAUGCCUAAGUAAAGAAA